AUGGUCUUGUGCACAGGAGCUGAGUUAGGUAGCCUCGGAUUGGAACCUUCGCAUUUCAACUUUGUUCCGUCGUCAGAUGGUAGCGGUCGAAAGAUUCAUGAACUUAAUUAUAAUCAAUUAAAAGUGAAACAUGUCAUUGAACAGAGGUUGAAAGUUGUUUUAAGGGUUUUCUCCGUAAUGAGUUCUCGUUAUUAA